GAGGUGGCUGCGGUGGAGGGUGAGACUGGAAGGGAAAUGCCACUCCCUUCUCAGCUCGCCGAGGGCGGAGGGUAGUGACAGUGAGAGCUUCUGGUCCCUUCUUCUCCUCGCGAGGCUCCUGUCGCCUGGCGGGGACGCGCGGGAGGUGCCCGGGGCGGAGGAAAGGUGGAGCGGACACCCCAGCUGGUGAAUGGGAUCUGUGGCCUGGGGUGAGGGUGGGCAUACGGGCCAGACGUGCUGGCCCGGUGACUGCCUGGGUGCUCGCCCUGGGCUUAGUGCUGUCGUGCGGUCAAGGUGACGUUUUCGUCCAAAAAAAAAAACUUAGCGAGCGGAGGGAGAUGCCGGAUGCUGCUGCACAAACAACCCGUCCCGAGCUGGUUGGUCCCAGCCUGAGCCUUGAGGGCUGUCCAGCUCGUGACCGGAAAAUUCCCGUGCGCAUUUGAUGGGACUCCGGUGGGGGCGGUCUGCUGCAGGAACGCCGAGGAGCCCUGGCUGCUGUGUUCAACGUGUUCGUUAUGAAGUUAUUAGUAAUACUUUUAUUUCUGGGACUUCUCACUGGUUGUAGUGGUAACUCUAACUAUAGCUUGACACCUCAGUUACUUCUGGUAUCCUUUGAUGGCUUUAGGGCUGACUACCUGAAGAACUAUGACCUUCCUCAUCUCCAGAACUUUAUCAAAGAAGGUGUCUUGGUGGAACAUAUUACCAACGUUUUUAUCACAAAAACUUUUCCAAACCACUACAGCAUCGUGACAGGCUUAUAUGAGGAAAGCCAUGGCAUUGUGGCCAACACCAUGUAUGAUGAUAUCACAAAGAAACAUUUUUCUGAAUCUGAUGAUAAGGAUUCAUUUUGGUGGAAUGGGGCAGUGCCUAUUUGGGUGACCAAUCAGCUUCAAGAAAACAGAUCAAGUGCUGCUGCUAUGUGGCCUGGUACUGAUGUGCUCAUUCACAACAUUACACCUUCCUAUUUUAUGAAUUACAGCAGCUCGGUGCCCUUUGAGGAGAGACUAAAUAAUGUUACCACAUGGCUCAGUAGUUCCAACCCACCAGUCACCUUUGCAACGCUGUAUUGGGAAGAACCAGAUGCAAGUGGCCACACAUAUGGGCCUGAAGACAAAGAAAACAUGAGCAGGGUAUUGAAAGAAAUAGAUGACCUUAUUGGUGAUCUUGUACAAAAGCUCAAGGUGUUAGGAAUGUGGGAAAACCUUAAUGUGAUCAUUACAAGUGACCAUGGGAUGACCCAGUGUUCUGAAAACAGAGUGAUACAUUUGGAUUCCUGCAUUGACCGUUCAAACUACAGUAUUAUAGACUUAACCCCUGUGGCUGCAAUUCUUCCCAAAACAAACAUAACAGAGGUUUAUGACAAAUUGAAACACUGUAACCAUCACAUGAAUGUUUAUCUCAAAGAAGAUAUUCCUAACAGAUUUUACUAUCGACAUAAUGAUCGAAUUCAGCCUAUUAUUUUGGUUGCUGAUGAAGGCUGGACAAUUGCACUAAAUAAGUCAUCAUUAAAGUUAGGUGACCAUGGCUAUGACAACUCCCUGCCUUCAAUGCAUCCAUUUCUUGCUGCCCAUGGCCCUGCUUUUAGAAGAGGCUACAGGCAGAGCACCAUUAACACUGUGGAUAUUUAUCCAAUGAUGUGCCACAUCCUGGGACUAAAACCACAACCCAAUAAUGGAACGUUCAGCCAUGCCAAGUGCUUGCUAGUGGACCAGUGGUGCAUCAAUCUCCCUGAGGUCAUCGGAAUUGUCAUCAGUGCACUGUUGCUGUUAACCAUACUCACAGGCCUCAUAAUCUGCAUGCAGAGCAGAGCAUCUGCCUCCCGCCCGUUCUCCCGCCUCCAGCUGCAGGAAGAUGAUGACGAUCCUUUAAUUGGGUAAUCCACGGUGUCUUACUAACUUCAAAACCAAGGAUCCAUGCAAGGAAUGGUGUUACAGCCAUAUGAAGAUAUAUGGCAAAAGACAAGACAGACAUGCUAAAAUUACUCUGGCUUUUCCUGUGUCCUGUUCGUGUUGCCUGAUAUAAAUGACCCCGACAGUAGUAGAGUUGCUGGUAGAUCUGUUAAAACCACCCGUUUCACUAACAGGAAAUAGCCUUAAGAAAAAAUACUCUGGUUUCUUUCUUUCUUUUUCAAUAAAAAUCUAACCUUAAGUGAGAAUUUAAUAGGCAUAGCCAUUCUAACAAAUUUAUAUAUUUGUGAAUGACACAAAAAUAUUUAUGUAAUUUGUGAAUUUCAUGUAUCCUGGAGAAAAGUUGGCUAUAUUUUUAUAUUUGCCCUUUAAGUAGUACGUGUCCCAAGAAGACCCUUGAAGUAGGAAAUUCUGUGAUGGCUAACAAAUUGAUUAGCCACAUAGUAUAGCUGUAGCAUACAAAGAAAUCAUUUUAAGUAAAGCUGCUAAAAACAAACAAAAAACAACUAAGACUAUGUGAUAUAAAGUCUGAGCUUGUUAAGACCCUUAGCCGUUGACAACUCAGAAGUUGUCUUUGGAGCUGGCCAUGACGAACACCUGAAGACCAAAUAGUUAGGAGGAUGAGGCAGAGGACUUUGGGACUGAGUCCAGCCGGGCUAUAUACCAAGACCUUGUGGUUUUAUUUGUUUGUUUGUUUUAAUUACACUUUCUGGAUACUAUCAUUAAUAAGAAAUUUUAAAGAAAAUAUAGAAAAAAAGUUUUUCCCUAUUUUUGUUUAAUGUCUUUGGUAAAUUGCGUGGGCAAGUGUCUUUGUGUGAAUGUGCCAAUGUCAUGUGACUUAUAAAAGGGCACUGGACUGCGUGCCAGAACACAGCUGUCAGGAGAGGUUCAGCUCAGAGGAAAGGUCACUUCUUGCACACCUUAGUUGUAUACUGUCAUCAACCUGCAAGUCGAUAUUACAGUUAAAAACUCCUGUUACAGUUUUCAGUUCUCCUGUUUAUUAGAAGUGUUCAGAUGCUAUGGAAAAAAAAAUACAACCUGACUAUAAAGCUGCAAGGUGAGGUUUUUUUUAUAUAUAUAUAUAUA